ACAGCAACCAAACUGCUCCCUCUACCUCGGUGCAAGAUCUUAAUAUAUUAUUUAUAAAUGCAACACUUAGCAUGUGCUAUGCUUGUGUCCAUAGUAAGAUGCUGAGAUGUUGUCUUUUUAACUCUUUUAGUACAAGCAGUUGCAAGCUGCUGCUGGAAAACAAGGUGACAGCCUGAAGAGCACAAAGACUGAGAUUUCAGAACUCAACCGUAUGAUCCAGAGGAUGAGGUCUGAGAUCGAGAGCACGAAGAAGCAUAUUGAAUCUAUGAAAGCCGCCGCUGUUAAGGCUGAGGAACGUGGUGAGCGUGCUCUGAAAGAUGCCAAACAGAAGAUGGCUGAACUUAAAGCUGCAUUACAGAAGGCCAAAGAAGACCAGGCCCGUCUUCUGCGUGACUACCAGGAGCUCUUCAACGUGAAACUUGCUCUUGACAUCGAAAUUGCCACUUACAGACAAAUGCUGCAAGGAGAAGAGGAAAGAAUGUCUGGAGAAGUUGUCAGCAAUGUCACCAUCUGUAAGUAUAGCUCACCAUUGUGAUUAAGGUAAUAUAAUAAUUAUGCUGAAGUCAUUUAUGAAACAUAACUAAAGUUUAUUCUUUCUAAAUCUAGCCGUUGUUGGCGGUUCUUCAAGCCACUCUGGUGGAAUAGGAGGAGGAUUUGGCGUUGGUGCAGGAAGAGGAUAUGGCAUUGGAGGAGGCACUGGCGGUGGAAUAACAUAUGGAGGAGGCAGGUCUGGCAGUGGAGGGUCAUAUGGAGGAGGCAGCUCUGGCG